UAAACUAAAACUUGUUGAUAACAAAUGAUGGGCCGAACAAAAUGUGAGCCCAAUGAGCCAGUGGGAGAAUUCACUAGAGUAGACUUUUUUAAGUCGUGUCCGUCGUACCUACCUGAAGAAUCCUUUCAUUUGUUCCCGUCGUCUUCUUCCUCCGCACUCAGAAUUCGAAAGAAAAAAGAGAUGGCAGGACACAGGGUUGCACAUGCCACAUUGAAAGGUCCAAGCGUUGUCAAGGAGCUAAUCAUCGGUUUGGCACUCGGUUUAGCUACUGGUGGUCUUUGGAAGAUGCACCAUUGGAACGAACAGAGGAAAACCAGAGCUUUCUAUGACUUGCUUGAGAGAGGUGAGAUCAAUGUUAUUGCCGCCGAAGAGUAAUAAAAAAGCUGCACAGAGACUCAUUCUGCAAGACCGAUGGAUGAUUUUGAAUACUUGCCUUUUCUGUUUCUUAAUAACUCUGUGAUGGUUUGUUAUAUCACAAACAGGCUCUAAUGUGAUGGUUGAUUCAGACAUAAUGUCUCUUGUUUUGUAUUCUUGUCUAAGAAACUGUAAAAGGUGAAUAUUGUGGAACCUUAUUCAUGGAAAGUGUUUCCAACUUUGUGAUU